AUGUUUAAAAUGACUUGAACCAGUGCUAUCAUCAACCGGUGUGGGUUUAACAGCGAAGGAAUUGUUGUUGUGGCAAGGCGAUUGGGUGCCCAGCAUGGUAAAAGGAAAUUGGAUGAGACUUCAAGCACUUCACCCUCUUCCACUGAUGAAGUCAAACAUGGAGGCAAAGCUGGUCCUGGCAUUCUUGGUGUCAACCUGGGAAAGAAUAAGACAAGUGAAGAUGCUGCUGCAGACUAUGUACAGGGAGUUCAUAGCUUGUCUCAGUAUGCUGAUUACUUGGUAAUUAACGUUUCAUCACCUAACACUCCUGGCUUGCGUAUGCUUCAAGGAAGGAAACAAUUGAAGGAUCUUGUUAAGAAGGUUCAAGCUGCUCGUGAUGAGAUGCAAUGGGGUGAGGAGGGUCCUCCUCCAUUGUUGGUAAAAAUUGCUCCAGAUUUGUCGAAAGAAGACCUGGAUGAUAUAGCAGCAGUUGCUCUUGCACUCCGCUUGGAUGGAUUGAUCAUAUCAAAUACAACCAUUUCUAGACCAGAUUCUGUAAGCAAAAACCCAGUUGCUGCAGAAUCUGGUGGCUUAAGUGGGAAACCUCUAUUUAAUCUGUCCACCAGUAUCUUGAAGGAGAUGUACAUUCUGACAAGGGGGAGAAUCCCACUAAUAGGCUGUGGCGGUGUUAGCAGUGGUGAGGAUGCGUAUAAGAAACUAAGAGCUGGAGCAACUCUUGUUCAGCUUUACACUGGAUUUGCAUAUGAAGGGCCAGCCUCGAUUCCGAGGAUAAAGGCCGAGUUAGCUGAAUGCUUGAAAAGGGAUGGUUUUAAAUCCGUUCAAGAAGCAGUUGGUGCUGAUUUCAGAUAGUAAAUUCCUGCCACGGGAUUCUGAAAAUUAAGUUUUUCUUUUUCUUUUUUUUUUUUCUCAAAAAUUAUUCUUAUAGAGGAAGUUUCCUCUGGCUUUCUUUUGUUCUGUUUCUUCCUUCCUAGAGUUCUACAUGUGCCCACCCCCCGGCUCAACCUAGGUGAGAUGGUUUUGUUGUAAAAUAUUUUAUAGUGUAAUCUAUUAAUCGGAAUGGUGGGGAAAUUUUUGGUUACAAUAUUUAGUCAGAACAGUUUUAGCAAAUUUUUCAUAUGUAAUGUGGAAUCAAUAUCUGAACGGGAAUUAUCGACUGUGUUCGUGAUGGACUCGAGGAGACAUUGGUAGCUAAAAUUAGAAUAAUACAAUAAUAUCAUUUAGCCUUGGUUCUUGGUUCA